GGGAGUUCUGGAGGUGAGAAAAGCCGGGCUUUCGGAAUGGCUGUGUCACGUUUGAACAAUGCUAUGUUGGUGGUAGAAGCUGUUACGAAGCAGCUUGCAGCAAUCUUACAAACUAUCUCUAGGCUAAUCGGUAACAUUAGUGGGAAGGUUUCUGCACUUGAUGUCGCAAAGACUCGCGUUGUUGAGUGCCUUCAGCUUGCUGGUGAUAUGCAUGAUUUAGGCGUCUGUAGUGAGGAAGUGGAUCGGUCCAUAAAUAACGAAGAUCAUGAACAGGCCGCUCAGCAUAUACACCCGUUUCUUACUCUGGAUAGGACUGUUUUUCAAUUUAGUUGUGCACCUGACAAAGGCAGGCUACAUUUUAUCAUAUUUCGCAUCAAAUUUUUGAGCAGUUUGUCUCAAGCUGUUACCGCUAACAACGAACACGAUAGUGGCCUAGUUCUAAUUGGCAAGUAUUUGAGUCGGCAGAUCGCGAAGAUUGGUGAAGACAAUCUGAAGGAACCAUCUCAACUUUUCAUACUGCAAAGCAGUCAUGUGCCAUACAUAAUUUUGCAAAGCAUGCUUGGGAAAGAGGUGCCUAAUUCUCGUGAUGUCAUAAGUCAUAUGGAGAACGUCUUCACUGCUUUAUGCUUGAAUGAGAAAGGAUUGAAACAGUUCGAGGCCUAUGCUCCCUUUGAUCACGUGUUCAAUGUCGUUUUGAGCAUCAAAUUCGUUGUCACAAUGAAAAAAAAGCGUAGUAAAAUGAGUGAGUGCAAUGACAAUUUAGAUCCUGCCAGUAUAUAA